CCUCGUCAUGAACCAAGCAUAAAUAUGCCUCCCCAUGCCAUGUGUUUGUGCAAGGUUACCACGUUUCUCCAACAAAACAAACGCUUAAUCAGCUCGAACCCAUCGUCCGGCCGGGCUCCGGAGUCCCCUAGAAGGCUAGAACCAACAGGAACAAGGAGGACCAGACAGGAGAUCCAAACCAACGUCCAUCGCAAGCAAUGGCAUCGCAGUGCUCCUUCGCCCACGGCGUCUCCCUCCCCGCGCACCGGCCGCCCCUCGCCUUCUUCACCUCCUGCAGGCUAGGGCACGGUGCCGUACGCACGAGCGCGAACCAUAGAGUCGUGGCGGCGGCGAGGCCGGUGGGCGCAGUCAGGAGGAUGCUUGGCUCAGCCAGAUACGGCAGCGCCGGGGCGGCAGCGUUGCGGGCGGAAGAGGCGGAGGUGGCCGUACCGCCGUCGGUGCCGGUGCGCGUCGCCUACGAGCUGCAGCUGGCCGGCCACCGCUAUCUCGACGUCAGAACGGAGGGCGAGUUCGCCGGCGGGCAUCCGGCAGGAGCGGUGAACGUCCCCUACAUGUACAGCACCGGCUCUGGAAUGGCGAAGAACCCGCACUUUGUCGAGCAAGUGUCGACGAUCUUUGGCAGGGACGACGAGAUCAUCAUCGGAUGCCAAAGUGGCAAGAGAUCUCUCCCGGCAGCAGCCCAACUCUGUUCCGCUGGCUUCACUGCGGUGACCGACAUCGCCGGAGGGUUCUCAACCUGGAGGGAGAACGGACUGCCGGUCAAUGGACGGUGACAACGCGGGCUUCUAUAAAUGUGGGUGAAACAUCAUAAUUUGUCUUAGCAUGCUCCGAGACACCACAUCAGACAUCAGUGCACUGAAUAAGCAAAUGGAGAUUGAUAUGAUGUAUAGGAUAUAUGUGCAAUAUCAAUGUUAGAAUUUCCGUUGUUCA